AUGCACCAGAUUUACAGCUGCAGCGAUGAAAAUUUAGAAGUUUUCACCACUGUGAUUUCUUCCAAAUCAUGUAGCCCUGCCCGAAGACGAGCCAAAGCUACGCAGCACAUCCUGACAAAGACCGCCGUGGCCGGAGCGGAGCGGCGGCCGCCCCAGGGCGAGCUCCUGCAUGUGCUGUGCCAGGCGAGGGGCGAGCCGGAGGCGCGGGGCCGGCGCUGCCCGCAAGGAGCCUGCCCCGCCAAGGGCGCUGCCCAGCACGUGGGAAUUACUGAACAAGAGUCAUCCAAGUCCUAUAAUCAUCUGUUGGAUGGAAAAUCUUUGAUUGCUCCAUCUCCAGUUGCCCAUAUCACAGUGAAAGCUGUGGCUGUCACGGGCUCACCCACACGCAACCGCACUUCUCUGGAAGACCACAGGCAGCACUGGAGGAAGACCACAGAGUAUGACCUGGCCCUGCCACCAGGAGCAGAAGCUUCCCUACCACUGACAGGAGGCAACCUGUGUGGGACACCCAGCCUCCUGAGGAAGAUGUGGAUGAAGCACAAGAAGAAGUCAGAGUACCUGGGGGCAACAAACAGUGCCUUUGAGGCUGACUGAUAAGGCUCAGCAUCCCUUGGAAGGGCAGAAGGUGCUUUAGCAGGACAAGGUGCUUUAGGAUCAAUGAGGGAACAGACACAGCACAGCUCAUCCAGGAAAAUUCUAUCCUUUUUAUUACUUGAUGCCAUUGCCUCAGAACAGUGGGAGAAAGGCUAACAAAGGUAAAAAUGGUGAAUAUGAUGCAACUCAAUGGCCUUUCCUUGUUGCAUUACCCUUAAAUCCCAACUAUCCCACUAGAUUUACAUCUUGACUCGAUGCUGAGACUACUGCUGGCUCAUUCACCAUUCUCUAUGUCCUGUCUGAGUGAGCUUGGACUUGCAACAAGAGAAGCCUACGAAGAGGUUUGUGUAUUCCUGCAAGGCAACAGAGACUGAUUACAGAGUGCCAUUAAAUCCCAGGGAACUGCUUGUUGUGCACCACUGCUUGUCAUCUUUCCCCUCUCAUAUCAUGAGAUAAAAACCCCAUCUUGCGAUAUGCUUGGCUGAAUGACACAUGCUAAACCUCUUUUCCUUCAGUUUUGAUGUUUCAAGGCAGGAGUAAAAGAUGCAAAAAUUCUAAAACAAUGGGCGAGAACUGGGCAGGUUUGCAAACAUAUGUACCAAACUUUGCUAUGUGACAAGUGAUCUGUGCUUUAAGGUGUCCUGCCAGAUCAAACUAUGAGCAAGAGGAUAGCCUCAAGGGAUACUUUCUGCUGUAGAACCUGCUUAUGGGUGAAAUGUAGUCAGCAAUUUACCCUCUAGCCAUGUGGUAAAGGAUAUUACAUUAAGUGCACAAAAUACUAGGAGGAAGGAAAGUAUGUAAAUGGUGCAACUAGGUGACUAAGUAUAAGAUAUUUGCAUGUAAGAGACUUGUGCUUAUAA